GCCGCGGGGCGGGAGGGACGAGGGGCCGCACCUGCCCCGGCCCCACCGCGCCCGCCGGCCCCGUGCACCCCCGCCCCGCCCGUCCGCCCUACCUGGGCGCCGGGUCUUCCCGCGAGGCCUUUGUCCUGCCGCCGCCGGCCCGCGCGCGCUCCGGCCCGGCCAGGCCCCUCACGCGAGGCCGGGGAUCCGCGGCCUACCCCCAGCCCGGAGCGUUCCCUCUCCACCCCUCGCCACCCUUCCCCUCCGCCCUUCUCAGCCUCAGUGCCCGCGGUGGAAGCCGCGGAGCCGCCCCCGGCCUCCUCUUCCCGCCCGUGCCGCCGCCGCCGCCGCCGCAGCAGGUUCCCUCCCUCCCUCCUCCUCCUGCUGCUGCUCCUGCCCCCGGCGGCGGCGGGAUCCGCGCGGUGCCCGGGGAGCGCUUUGCCGGGCGGCGGCGGCAGGAGCGGCAGCGCCAGAAGCAAAGCUGUUACCAGUGUAAUCUGGAGUUCAUGGAGCUUGAGUAUUUCCAGGAUUGGCCAAAAAUGAAUUAUGGGCAGCAGAAAUGAUGGAAGAAUUGCAUAGCCUGGACCCACGCAGGCAGGAGCUCCUGGAGGCCAGGUUCACCGGAGUUGGGGUUGCCAAGGUUGGUGCUUCAAAUUCCCUCCCUACCCCCCCAAGCCUCCGUCCGUCAUGCUCCGCACUGGCAUUGGGUCCGUUAAAUAGUGAGUCUUCCAACCAGAGCUUGUGCAGCGUGGGCUCUCUGAGUGAUAAAGAAUUGGAGACCCCCGAGAAAAAGCAGAAUGACCAGCGGAAUAGGAAGAGGAAAGCAGAAGCCUACGAGACCAGUCAAGGGAAAGGCACUCCUAGAGGACAUAAAAUUAGUGAUUAUUUUGAGUUUGCUGGGGGCAGUGGCCCAGGAACCAGUCCUGGUAGAAGUGUGCCGCCCGUUGCCAGAUCCUCUCCGCAGCAUUCCCUGUCCAACCCCUUGCCGCGGCGAAUGGAGCAGCCGCUGUAUGGGGUAGAUGGCAGCGCAGCCAAGGAGCCGCAGGAGGAACACUCUGCUCUGCCAACGCUGAUGUCGGUGAUGCUGGCGAAGCAGCGGCUAGAGAAUGAGCAGCUGGCACAGAGGGGAGGUGGCCUCUGUUUUACUUUUGUCUCGGCCCAGCAAGGCAGCCCAUCUUCUACCGGAUCAGGGAACACUGAGCAUUCCUGCACCUCCCAAAAACAGAUUUCCAUCCAGCACAAACAGUCACAGUCUGACCUCACAAUGGAAAAAAUAUCUGCACUAGAAAACAGUAAGAACUCUGACUUGGAGAAGAAGGAGGGGAGGAUAGAUGACUUAUUAAGAGCCAACUGUGAUUUGAGACGGCAGAUAGACGAGCAGCAAAAGAUGCUGGAGAAGUACAAGGAGCGGUUGAAUCGAUGUGUAACGAUGAGCAAGAAGCUUCUUAUAGAAAAGUCAAAGCAGGAGAAGAUGGCAUGCCGGGAUAAGAGCAUGCAGGAUCGAUUGAGGCUGGGGCACUUCACCACGGUGCGGCACGGCGCAUCCUUCACCGAGCAGUGGACAGAUGGCUAUGCCUUCCAGAACCUCAUCAAGCAACAGGAAAGGAUAAAUUCCCAGCGGGAAGAAAUAGAAAGACAACGAAAAAUGUUAGCAAAGCGGAAGCCACCCGCGAUGGGCCAGACCCCUCCAGCAAGCACCGAGCAGAAGCAGCGCAAGAGCAAGACCAAUGGAGCAGAAAAUGAAACGUUAACAUUAGCAGAAUACCAUGAACAGGAGGAAAUCUUCAAACUCCGACUAGGUCAUCUUAAAAAGGAAGAAGCUGAGAUCCAGGCAGAACUGGAACGACUAGAGAGGGUUAGAAAUCUGCACAUCAGGGAAUUGAAAAGGAUACACAAUGAAGAUAAUUCACAAUUUAAAGACCAUCCAACGCUAAAUGAUAGAUAUUUGUUGCUACAUCUUCUGGGUAGAGGUGGCUUCAGUGAAGUAUAUAAGGCAUUUGAUUUAACAGAACAGAGAUACGUAGCUGUGAAAAUACACCAGUUAAAUAAAAACUGGAGGGAUGAGAAGAAAGAAAACUAUCACAAACAUGCAUGUAGAGAGUACAGAAUUCACAAAGAACUGGAUCACCCUCGAAUAGUUAAACUAUAUGACUACUUCUCACUGGAUACUGACUCGUUUUGUACAGUGUUAGAAUACUGUGAGGGGAAUGAUCUGGACUUCUACCUGAAACAGCACAAGCUAAUGUCGGAGAAAGAGGCACGAUCCAUUAUCAUGCAGAUUGUGAAUGCUUUGAAAUACUUAAAUGAAAUCAAACCUCCCAUCAUACACUAUGACCUUAAACCAGGUAACAUUCUUCUAGUCAAUGGUACUGCAUGUGGAGAGAUAAAAAUCACAGAUUUUGGACUUUCCAAAAUCAUGGACGAUGACAGCUACAACUCAGUUGAUGGCAUGGAGCUGACAUCGCAGGGUGCUGGUACUUACUGGUAUUUACCACCAGAAUGUUUUGUGGUUGGGAAAGAACCUCCAAAGAUUUCAAAUAAAGUUGAUGUCUGGUCAGUGGGAGUCAUCUUCUAUCAGUGUCUAUAUGGCAGAAAGCCCUUCGGUCACAACCAGUCACAACAGGAUAUCUUGCAGGAGAACACAAUCCUGAAAGCUACUGAGGUGCAGUUCCCUCCAAAACCAGUAGUUACACCAGAAGCAAAGGCAUUCAUCAGGCGGUGUCUGGCCUAUCGAAAGGAGGACCGGAUAGAUGUCCAGCAGCUGGCCUGUGACCCCUACUUGCUGCCUCAUAUCCGCAAAUCUGUAUCCACAAGCAGCCCAGCUGGAGCUGCAAUUGCAUCAACCUCUGGAUCAUCCAAUAACAGCUCUUCAAACUGAGACAGAAUAAUAGGCCAAAAACUGAUUGAGAAACCGGCAAAAAGACUUUCAGAAACACCUUUGGAACAGAGGAAUCCACAAGGGUCUCAAGAAACCUGUACCAGGUGCUUUUUUCUCUUGCUUUUUUCCAUCCAUAGAGCAUGACAUCAACUCGCAUCAAGAAAGCCUUCAGCAUCUAGGCCGAGCCAUGUGGAUAGGAGAUGGCUUGAGGUUUAUCCAGUCAGUGACCACAAAAGGGUGGCUGCUCUGAGCAAGGAGGGGAAAGUCAA